GAAGUACUGCAGUUAACUGUGCACGAAAUGAGUCUUUGUUAGAUUUAUUUGAUAGCGAACAAUUGGUAAAUUCGAGACAAUGGACAGUGUGGUAAAUGGAGAGUGCAGUACUCAAGUUCCCGUUGAUGUCAUUACUGUCCAUGACUUCUCGGAGAAGAUUUUAGAGCAGGUUGUGCACUUCCAUGUGAUGAAACUGAAUGGUGGAUUUUUCCUGUGGGUGGGCACCAGUCCAGUGCUGUCAAACUUGGCGGUCGCUAUGGACAGUAAAUUUGACUCAAUGCCCCUGUCUACGCUUGUGCUUGGAGAUCCAUCUGAUACCACCCCAAACUCUCUCGCUCAAAGACUGACAAAGAGGACAAAGAAGCAGGUGUUUGUCAGCUAUAAUCUGCCCAUGACGGACUCUAACCUCACUCUUCUUGUGGAAAACAGAAUUAAGAAAGAGAUGGAGCUUCACCCUGACAAAUUUUAAACACUUUUUUCAGUUUACUGUCCCUUUUU